AAGAGAGAGAGGGGGGAGAAAAAGGAGAAAAAGAUCCGAGAGGAAUCCCCCCCACCCCACCCCAGCCGCGGCGCGGGACUGGCAGCAUGAGAUCCAAAGGCAGGGCAAGGAAACUGGCCACAAGUGAUGAAUGUUUAUAUGAAAGCUUCCCUGAAGUUCCUUUGGAGGAAAUGUCAGAGGCUGACGGAGAGGCUAGUAAACUGUCCCUCAGUGUCCAAGAGCCAUCUUCUCCAGCAACAUCCAGUGAAGCAUUCACACCAAAGGAGGGGUCUCCUUACAAGGCUCCCAUAUACAUUCCCGAUAACAUUCCCAUUCCUUCAGAGUUUGAGCUCCGAGAGUCAAAUGUUCCUGGAGCAGGAUUAGGAAUAUGGACGAAAAGGAAGAUUGAAGUAGGUGAAAAAUUUGGGCCAUACGUGGGAGAGCAGCAGUCAAAUCUGAAAGAUCCCAGUUAUGGUUGGGAGAUCUUGGAUGAGUUUUGCAAUGUGAAGUUCUGCAUAGAUGCCAGUCAACCAGAUGUAGGGAACUGGCUCAAAUAUAUCAAAUUUGCUGGAUGCUACAAUCAGCAUAACCUUGUUGCAUGUCAAAUAAGUGAUCAGAUAUUCUACAGAGUUGUAGCAGACAUUGACCCAGGAGAGGAGCUGUUACUAUUCAUGAAGAGUGAAGAUUAUUCACAUGAAACAAUGGCUCCAGAUAUUCACGAGGAGCGCCAGUAUCGUUGUGAGGAUUGUGACCAGCUAUUUGAGUCCAAGAUGGAACUAGUGGACCAUCAGAAAUUCCCAUGCAGCACACCUCACUCAGCAUUUUCUAUGGUGGAGGAGGACUUUCAACAAAAGCUUGACAAUGAAAAUGACCUUCGGAACAUGCAUGACAUUCAAGAAUGUAAAGAGUGUGAUCAAGUGUUUCCAGAUUUACAAAGCCUAGAGAAGCACAUGCUGUCCCACACUGAAGAGAGAGAGUACAAGUGUGAUCAGUGCCCCAAGGCUUUUAACUGGAAGUCCAAUUUGAUACGUCAUCAAAUGUCACAUGACAAUGGAAAGCACUAUGAGUGUGAAAACUGUGCCAAGCAGGUUUUCACGGACCCCAGCAACCUUCAGAGGCACAUUCGUUCCCAGCAUGUUGGGGCUCGUGCUCACGCUUGUCCAGAGUGUGGUAAAACGUUUGCUACUUCUUCAGGCCUUAAACAGCACAAGCACAUCCACAGCAGUGUCAAGCCCUUUAUAUGUGAGGUCUGCCAUAAAUCCUAUACUCAGUUUUCAAACCUUUGUCGUCAUAAGCGCAUGCAUGCUGAUUGCAGAACCCAAAUCAAGUGCAAAGACUGUGGACAAAUGUUCAGCACUACAUCUUCCUUAAAUAAACACAGGAGAUUUUGUGAGGGCAAGAAUCAUUUUGCAGCAGGAGGAUUUUUUGGCCAAGGCAUUUCACUUCCUGGAACCCCAGCUAUGGAUAAAACGUCCAUGGUUAAUAUGAAUCAUGCAAAUCCGGGCCUUGCUGACUAUUUUGGUGCCAAUAGACAUCCUGCUGGUCUUACCUUUCCAACAGCUCCUGGAUUUUCUUUUAGCUUCCCUGGUCUAUUUCCUUCAGGCUUGUACCACAGGCCACCUUUGAUACCUGCUAGUUCUCCUGUUAAAGGACUACCCAGCACAGACCAGACAAACAAAAGUCAAAGUCCCCUCAUGACACAUCCUCAGAUACUGCCAGCUACACAGGAUAUUUUGAAGGCACUAAAUAAGCACCCCUCUGUAGGUGAAAAUAAGCCAGUGGAGCUUCAACCAGAGAGGUCCUCUGAAGAGAGGCCGCACGAAAAAAUCAGUGACCAGUCAGAGAGUAGUGACCUUGAUGAUGUCAGUACUCCCAGUGGCAGUGACCUGGAGACCACCUCUGGCUCUGAUCUGGAAAGUGACAUUGAAAGUGAUAAAGAGAAAUUUAAAGAAAAUGGUAAAAUGUUCAAAGACAAAGUAAGCUCUCUUCAGAAUUUGGCUUCAAUAAAUAAUAAGAAAGAAUACAGCAGUCAUUCCAUUUUCUCACCAUCUUUAGAGGAACAAACUGCGGUGUCAGGAGCUGUGAAUGAUUCUAUAAAGGCUAUUGCUUCUAUUGCUGAAAAAUACUUUGGUUCAACAGGACUUGUGGGGCUGCAAGACAAAAAAGUUGGAGCUUUACCUUACCCUUCCAUGUUUCCCCUCCCAUUUUUUCCAGCAUUCUCUCAAUCAAUGUACCCAUUUCCUGAUAGAGACUUGAGACCGUUGCCUUUGAAAAUGGAGCCUCAGUCACCAAGUGAAGUAAAGAAGAUCCCAAAGGGAAGCGCUGAGUCUCCCUUUGACCUCACCACUAAACGUAAGGAGGAGAAGCCGGUUACUUCUAUAACCUCAAAACCAGCAGCUCCGUCUGUGACAAGCCAGGAUCAACCACUAGAUCUGAGCAUGGGCAGCAGAAGUCGAGCCAGUGGUACAAAACAAGCCGAGCCUCGGAAAAACCAUGUUUUUGGUGAAAAGAAAGGAGGUGACCUUGAAACAAGGAAAGCAACUGAUGCUUCUUUGCAACAUGCCAGGCCCACUCCAUUCUUUAUGGAUCCCAUUUACAGAGUAGAGAAAAGAAAGUUAACUGACCCACUUGAAGCGUUAAAGGAAAAGUACUUGAGACCUUCCCCAGGAUUCUUGUUUCAUCCGCAAUUCCAAUUGCCUGAUCAAAGAACUUGGAUGUCAGCUAUAGAAAACAUGGCUGAAAAACUAGAGAGUUUUAGUACCCUGAAACCAGAAGCUAGUGAAUUUAUACAGUCUGUCCCUUCCAUGUUCAACUUCCGAGCCCCACCGAGUGCCCUACCAGAAAACCUCCUGAGGAAGGGCAAGGAACGCUAUACCUGCAGAUACUGUGGCAAGAUUUUCCCAAGAUCGGCUAACUUAACACGUCACCUGAGGACGCACACUGGAGAGCAGCCUUACAGAUGCAAAUACUGUGACAGAUCUUUUAGCAUAUCUUCUAACCUGCAGAGGCACGUCCGUAACAUCCACAAUAAGGAGAAGCCAUUCAAAUGUCACUUAUGUGACAGGUGUUUUGGUCAACAAACCAAUCUAGACAGACAUUUAAAAAAGCAUGAGAAUGGGAACAUGUCUGGUACUGCAACAUCUUCACCUCACUCAGAACUUGAAAGCACAGGGGCAAUUCUGGAUGACAAAGAGGAUUCUUAUUUCACAGAAAUUCGGAAUUUCAUCGGUAACAGCAACCACAAUAACCAAUCCCCAAGAAAUUCAGAAGAAAGAAUGAAUGGCAGCCAUUUUAAGGAUGAGAAAGCGUUGGUGGCAAGUCAGAACUCGGAUUUGCUGGAUGAUGACGAGGCAGAAGAUGAAGUAGUGAUGGAUGAGGAAGACGACGAAAGUGAAAUUGCAGGGAAGCCACUCAAGGAACCGGUUACAAGUAACGUACAUGAAGGGAGCCCUGAGGAUGACUACGAAGAAACAAGUACUUUGGAAAUGAACUGCAAGAACUCCCCUGGCAGGUAUAAAGAGGAUGAGUAUACCAAGACUGGGCUCUCUGCUUUGGAUCACAUAAGGCACUUCACAGAUAGCCUCAAAAUGAGGAAAAUGGAAGAAAAUCAAUACACUGAAGCUGAACUGGCAGCUUUCAAUACUUCGCACCUGCCAGAGGACCUAAAGCAGCCAUUGUACAGGAAAUCCAAGACCCAGGCAUAUGCUAUGAUGCUCUCUCUCUCUGACAAGGACUCCCUCCAUUCUGCAUCCCAUAAUUCUCCCAACAUGUGGCACAGUAUGGCAAGAGCUGCCGCAGAAUCCAGUGCCAUCCAGUCCAUUAGUCAUGUAUGACAUUGUGAAACCUUACCAAGGAUGGGACCAAGUCCAAACCAGUAGCAUGGCUCUUUCGUAUAUGACUAUUUAAAAGACUGCUGAGCAGAAUGCCUUAUAAAUCUGCAGGGUCACUCAUCUAAAGUCUGAUGACCUUAAACUGAAUAAUUUUAAAAAGAAAGAAACUAUUUAUUCUCAAUAUUUUGUUUUGCACAGCAAAGGCAGCUGCUGACUUCUGGAGGAUCAAUGUGACUUUAAAAAAAGUUUCAAUGGAUUAUGUAAACCACAGCCGGGAAAAAUGUCUUCCAAUUCACCUGGCAUGAGGGGGUGGGCGCAGAAGGGUUAAGACUGCAUUGAUACACAUGGGCACUCCUUUAAAAUAGAAACAGAAUCAUUUUUCUUUUUGUAUAAGAUAGUUUGACACAGGAUUGGGAACAGUUGCUUUUAUGUACAAAUCCUCUUCAUUAAAGCUUUAUGCAUUUUAACCCUUCAAAGAAAGAAAGUAGUUCUAUCGUAUGCACACUAUCCAUUAUUAAUAUUAGAAACCAAUAACAGGGAAUAUUUCAUCCUCUCCGUAAUUUUUUCUUCUUACCUGCAUUGUGUAAAAAAAAAGAAAAAGAAAAAGAAAAAGAAAGAAGAAAAAAAAAACUUUGAG